AUGAGCUGGCAGUUCGAACUCAGUGCCCUGGACCCUGUCAGUCUUGCAGGAUUUCCUCCAGAUAUUUACGAUGAAGGCAAUGAUGGACCUUGGAGCAGCUUCUACCUCCGAGUUGGGACUCCUGAGCAAUCCGUUCGCGUGCUUGUCUCGACUGCUUCCCCAGAAUCAAUGGUUGUUUUAUCGGACUACGGCUGCUCGACAUCAGUAUUUUCCAAUGCGCCAUCCGACUGUGCAGUUUCUAGGGGCACACUGUUCAAUGCGAGCCAAUCUUCUAGUUGGCAGGACUUGGGGCUUUUCGGUAUAAAUCAGGAUGGAGUCGGUCUCGAAGCCAACCUUGGAUAUUAUCAAAGAGCAGACUUUGCUCUAGAUACUCUGAGUAUUGGCCUGACUGGUCCAAUACUGAAGAAUCAAACUAUUGCUGGAAUUGCUACUCCAGAACCUUUUUAUCUUGGGAUAUUUGGCUUGAACCCCCAACCCGUCAAUUUUACUUCCCUAGGAAACUUCUCUUCACCUUCAUUUCUCACGACACUAAAAGAUGAGGGUACCAUCCCGAGUCUUAGCUGGAGCUAUACGGCUGGUGCCAAAUACCGCUUGAAGCAGGUCUACGGGCAACUGAUAUUCUCCGGCUAUGACAAUUCUCGAUUUGUUGAGAAUUCGAUGUCAUUUACCAUGGCUGGGGACAUCACCCGUGAUUUGGUUGUCUAUCUUCAGUCAAUCAGCUAUAGCGGAUCAACUUCGGCCACGUUACUAUCUGAACCGAUCGCUAUAUUUAUUGACUCUACUGAUCCCAACCUUUGGCUGCCAGGAAGUGUCUGCGACGAGUUCGAGAAAGCCUUCGGGCUCACUCUUGACGGGGACAGUGGUUUAUACUUAGUAAAUGACACCCAUAACACGGAAUUACUCGAUUCGAAUGCGCAAGUGGCAUUUCGAUUGUCUGAUGUUGCUUCGGGUGGAGAAGCUGUGACAGUCACUCUUCCCUAUAAUGCCUUUGCCCUGACUGCGAAGGCUCCCCUUGUCAACCACAGCAGCUAUUAUUUUCCCUUGAAACGCGCCGCCAAUUCAACCCAGUAUACAUUGGGCCGUGUGUUUUUGCAAGAAGCGUAUCUCUCGGUUGAUUACGAGAGAAGUACCUUCAACGUCUCAGCAUGUGCAUGGCAUGAAAAUGCCCAACAAGAUAUUGUCACGAUUACUUCCAAAGAUUCUGCAACUUCCUCUUGCUCCGGGGGUAAUUGUCAGUCCAGCAACAACGACUCGGGCGGCUCGUCAAUGCUUAGCCACGGUGCCGUAGCUGGAAUCGCAAUCGCAGCCCUAGUUGGCGUCGGCAUCCUAGCGGCAGUGCUCUUCUUCUUUAUCCGCCGUCAACGCCAAAAGACUGCAUACAAGGCUACUCCGCCAGAGACAGACGUAUCUGUACUUUCCGGCCCAGUACAUAACGCCCCGCCUUCAGACCCGAGUGAUAGCUCUGCUCCACAGCCACCGUUCUGGUCUCCGGAUGCGAUCUUCGGUGGUGUUAGCGAGAGUCAGAAUGGGCAAAGUAGUGGGAGUACUCGGACUCAUGACCAAAGCGUCGAUGAGAGGGGCAUGGAGUUGGAUGGUCAUGGUACACAGAUCAAACCUGUUUAUCAUGAGUUACCGGGCAGCCAGGUUGAGAAUACACGACCAGAGCCGGAACUACAACGAUCGAACACGGUUUAUGCGUAA